AUGUCAGCAAACCAACUCCCAUCCGCAUCUCAAUCAACUCUGUCAAACUGUACACCUCGUCGAAAGUCUCUGUUGAUCGGCAUCAACUACACUGGGAGUGACAACGAGUUGAAUGGAUGCCACCAAGAUGUCGACAAUGUUGCAGAAUUUCUCAAGUAUCGAGGUUACCAAGACACCCCACAGGACCAAGUUGUGCUGCGCGACGAUUUGGACGAAGAAUACGCACCGACAGGCCACAACAUUCUGGCGGCCAUGGACUGGCUCGUCAGUGAAGAACAUACAACAUGCUUCUUCCACUAUUCCGGUCACGGCGGCCAGAUCGACGACCCUAGUGGAAAGCGCCCCUCAGGUCUGCUCGACACCAUCGUCCCCGUUAAUUACAAGGACAAUGGCAUGAUUGAUUCGGAUAUACUCCAUAAGCAUCUUGUGUCCAAGUUGCCUCCAACCAGUACUCUGUUCCUCAUCUUGGAUUGCUGCCACUCUGGCUCUAGUCUGGAAUUACCAUUCGUCUACCGAAGUGACGACGACGGCAACGUCCACAAACUUGACGGCUAUCAGGCCGGACUUGCCCUCCUCCAAGAAGCCAAGGAUCUGGUCAUCGGCGGCUCCAGUCUCGACAGAGAAGCCCAAGCUCGAGAUCUCUAUGCCGGAGCGACAUCUUUCUGGCGCAGCCUGAGGCAUCAUCGGCCUUGGACCGGCCUGGGACCGGACGACUUCACACAAGAGUGGGGAAACGAGAAGAAGACCAUCACCAUGUUCUCCGGUUGCAGGGAUGAGGAGACCAGUGCCGACGCUCAGAUAAAUGGUGUCAGUGAAGGUGCCAUGAGCUGGGCAUUCCUCGAAUCUACCAAGACCAAUCCGGAUCCGACCUACAAGGAGGCUCUGCACAUAACCCGUGCCUUGCUUAAAGCGUCCGAGUACACUCAGGUUCCUCAGCUCUGCCUUGGACGUGAAUUGGACCUGAACCAGCCAUUAAUUCUCUGA